AUCGUCGUGCCCAAUUUCCCCUGUUCCCCUUUAGAACUGAAAACCGAAGACGAAACCGGCGAAUUUGUUGCUGAACGAAAAUCUUUAGAGCGAGCUUCAGACUACACAUGGGUACUAGAGAGGUCUACGAAGAGAAGCUAAGAAGAGGCAAUCUAUACCAUGAACCCACCAUGAAUCCAGGGCUCGGAUCGCCUCGUUGCCCUCGCUGUUUUUCUCUUCUUAAACCCGACCCUGAUAAAAGUGAAUGGGCCAUCAAUCCUGUUCUCCACGGUGUUACUGCAGUGGCAGGAUCCGGUCUUGGUGGGUUGCUUAGUGCAGUUCAUGCCUAUAAUACGGGGAUUCCACACCUCCAGAGUCAUGUGAAGGGACCAAAAUGGCUUCCCUUUGUAAUUGGGGUGCCUGUCCUAUUAUUGUGCUCCGGUGCUGGUGCUGCAUUUGGAGGUUUUGCUCUUCCAAGAUUUGCUCAACUCACUGUAACAUCCUACUAUGCCACCUCAAGUGCUUCCCAUUAUGGAGUUUCACUUCUCACUCGAAGAAUUGAAGACAAUCACACUUCCCGAACUCAGCAAGAAAAGACUCAAUGAUUUCACAGGUCACAUAAUUUCAAGCAAGGAAACUUCGGGCCGUUUGGUUUUGGGCAGUGUUCAAUCUACCCUGGGCUCUAAGCUAUUCUUUUACAUAUUUGAAUGGAAUUGUUUCUGGUUUCUUUUCCAAAUCAAGAUUGUAAUUUCAGAAAUUUACCUGUUGGUUUGGUACCCUUUGAGCUGGCCUGCCUAGACUCUAGAUAAGAAGAUAGUGCUAUAGUUGUUGUUAAACCUGGAACAUGAUGCAUCUGUCUCUCUUCUAGAAUUAAAUUCCAUUAUGUCUACGAGGGAAUCCCGUGGUUCAGGAUUCAAAGCUAAUCUACUCUUUCCAUAUGCUGUGUUCGUGAAGGAAGGGCCUGGCUGGUUGGCUGUCUCCUUUCCAGCAAUCGAGGUACCUUAAAAUUCACAAAGUGCACAGAAGAGAUGUACAGUAUCCACUUGUAAAUUAGCAUAUCUUGUCUCGUGUGUCCUUGCAGACAGUUUCAACUUCACUUUUGGUACAUUUUAUUUGAGCUGUGGGGGGGCACCAAUUGGCACAGCAAAAAAAGGGGAGGGCUAUGCUUUUUUUUGUACAGCCAGAAGUGGUGGCAGUGACUCAGAUUGGAUUCAAUUAGCUUCUUGACUUUGCCUUCUUUUCAUUUGCAGGGCUCAUUUCAAUCUUGUCUUUUGGUAAUAACUACGAGGUUCUUAUAUUUGUAGGACAAUACAUUGAUCCAUAAGUCAUUAUUGGUUUGAUUGACUAGGUGCACUGAUACCUGGAAUUGGAUUGAAUAAGUGAAGUUAAUACCUCUCUCUGAUGAUGAGUUCA